UAUUACAUAUUCAUGCCAACAAAGAUGCCGGUCGAGCCUCUCUGCUGAGCUGAGCUCUGUAGCGUAAACGAUAUAGGUAUUUAAUAGUGAGUGGAGUGGAGUGGACUAGAGCCCUGGUCGGUGUGCCCCGUGUAUCGAGCAGCAGUUUCUGGAGAGCCCAAACAUCUAACCAGAGCUAGCUAGGAGUUGAGCCAUGUCGGAGGACACGCCCCUUAUACAAGUCAACGAUGGUGAGGAGGAGGCAGUAAACGAUGAAGAGAAGAUUGACUUCAAGCAGAUGGUCUGGUUCCACGGGAAGGAGCUGGUCAGCAAGAAGUCCAGUAGUCUGGUUCGUCUCGGUGUGGGGAAGGAGGGUGUGUACAAGCUGGACAGUAAGACAGCCAAGGUGCUUAACCACUGGAGGUUUUCUGAGAUCAAGGACUGCAACUAUUCCGGCUACUCCUUUACACUGCAACUGAAAACAGAGGCAGACUAUUUCGUGCGUACAGACGAUGGGGAGGCCAUUUGCUUGUACAUUGAGGCUUUCCAGAAGGACCCAGAAGCUGCCCUCGAGCAAGCUUUGAGCAACCCCCCAAUGUCCCAGGUCCCAGAUAGUGGAGUUCUCACGCUCAGGAAAAAAUUUUCUUCAGAGCCUAAGUCGUCCGCUGCAAAUGACAUCAAGUCCUUCACUCUGAACAGACGUUCCAAGAAGAAUGCAUCUACAGCCGAUCCCCUCAGGGAAUUUACACAAAAUAUUGAAGUGGACAGUCGACUCAGAGCUAAUUACAAUCUAAAAUCGGGCAUUGCCGUGACACCGAAACGCAUCAGGCCAUUUUCAUAUGGUGCCAAGUUGGAUAGUGAUUCAAAAUCGACCAACGAGAUUCGUCGUCAGCGAUCCCUCGAGGGGUUUCUAGACCAAACCCCAGUAAACGGCGUGAAAGAAGGAGAGAAAGAAGCCGCCAGAGACCUACUCGGUAAUAAGAUUGCUUUGAAUGACAAGAGACAUUCAAACGGAAUUCUAACGAGCCCAGUAAGCACUAAGGGGGAGGUCACAAUGACCCAGUCCACGAAGUCCUCCCCACACACCACCUCCCCUCUCACUGAACGAAAGAUGCAACCUCAGCACGAGACUCCCCCUCCAUUAGCGAUCACACACAAGGAAAGCCCUCCACCUGGUGAAGCAAAAACCGCUAAAAACCAACCAACAGAGAAGAAGUUACCACCAAAAUCGAUUUUGACCGGUAGCUUUGGCAGUGACGAGAUGACCCCUUUGCUGAGACGCGACAGUAGUUCAAGUUCGGGUACCCGCUCCCCUUCCAGUGAGCGCAUGAUCAUCAAGCAAGGCCCCUCCUCCAGCCGAGAGGGUAGCAUGGAACCGCCAGACCGAGUCAGCAAUGCUUCCGACGACCUCUACGAUAGACUGGAAGAGCGCACUUCAUCGAUGGCCUCUUCUAGCUCGGACCCCACCAACUCUCGUUCAGCCUCAGCUCAGCUCAUGUUACGUGCUAGUACCAGUCCUGAAUCAGAGGGCUCUGUCUACGAUCAUCUUCCUGCCGCCGACAAGUCUGACCCUGAAGCUAGCACUCCAGAACUAGUAAUUUCUCUCUCACCAUCGAAUUUCGUACUGCCUCGACGGAAUAUUUCUCAACCGGCUUUGAGCACACCCGUGUCUGCAAGGGAAAGUCCCGUUGAUCAUGAUCGGAGCACCCCCUCCAUUUUAGAAGAGUCCAGCGAUGAAGCAGGCACACCCACCAACAGUGAUGAUGAGAUCAAGAUAGGAAAGGACGAGGGAAAGGCGCACUUUGAGCAGGUCAAACUCAGAGAUAAGAAACGACCUCAGCAUGACCCCUUUGCCGAUCUCCUCAGCCCUCAAUCCAACGCUCGUUUGAGAUGGUCCCAAGAACUGAAUCCACUCUAUGACUACAUCAAGGGCUUCAAGAUAUCUGAUGGAGUCAAGUUGUACGACACACCCAGCAAGCUGCUAGAGAGCACCAGAGCCAGCAACAUUGUCGGCGGUGCACACUCUGAGAGAGCCAGUUACAAGUCCUCCCCUAGCGUGAUAGUUGAAGAUGAGGGCGAGUAUGACCCUCAACCCACCAAUCCGCCUGAAUCAGUCCCCUACUCUCCACCAGGGGAGACUAGUCGUCCCACCUCCUCAUUCAGUGAAGACACACCCCUUAGCCCCACCCACUAUGCUCGUAAACAUCACCUGUACGAGGACAUUAAGAUACUAUCAGACCCUAAGGAGGAGGAGCCCCACCACCCGGCUCCACCACGACUCAAGGGAACCAGUCUCAUUCAGCACAUGAAGAGGAGUGUCGUUGAACCAGCCGACACUGCCAAGAGACACGGUGUGCGUGCAUCCACUCUGAACUUUGGUUCUCUGGAGGCCCGUUCCCCGGAACAGAUUGGACGGAGUCCUCGUAUCGGGAAGAGAGAGCUCCAGCAGCAGCGGCGCAGUCGCACCAUUGGCUCCCUGGAUGACACUGAGACUGUUAAGAAGAAGCAGAAACCAGUGAGAGCCUCUGAUGAGCUCAAGGACUUUUCGUUUGUUAUGAGAGAGUACCGAAUGUUUUUUAUCAAACUGCCUAAUGGCCUCCUUCAUCGUCAGAUCUUCUCCAUCAGUAAGCCCGUGUCUGAGCUCAAGGAAAGACUCUGCGAUGUCCUCGGAUUGGACAACCUGGACAACUACUUGCUCUAUGUGGAGGGAGCGUGUCUAACGACAGUGAGGGAGACAGAUGGUGUCUCAGGUGACCUGUCUCGUAUCAACCGCACCGGCUCACUCACUCACCUGGUGGACAGUCAGAGUCUACCGGACCAAGGGUCAGAAGCUAUACUGCUCAAGUCCAACCUCUCCCUCAGAAUGCAAGGAAUCACCACCAGCAGGAUAUUCAACCUACUUCCAGACGAUGAAGCCACUGACAGCAGCUUUGCUUCCCCUAAUGAGAUGUGCGCUGACCCUGACGACGAGUUCCCCAAGGACUGGCUGUCCAUAGUGCAGGGGAUCACUCCCGUUAACCAGGACGAUGCAGUCAAACUGGCCGCUCUGCAGUACCAGGCCUACUUCCUGGACCGGACGGCAGUGCACUCAACUGUCGGCUUCUGCAGGCCAACUGAGUUCCUGCCAAUGGAGUACGCUGGUAUUCGAGGUCUGGAGCAGAAAAUGUACAAAGAGCAAGAAACCCUCAAGGGCAAGAGCCACAGCGAAGUCCAUGAGGCGUACUCCAAUCACUGUGCUAAACUGGCCACCCACAAUGCUAUCUUCUUUCCAGCCAGGGAGCCUCGUAAGAAGCUGCUUCAUAGCACCAAGCUGAAGCCAGUGCUGUUGGGAGUUAGCUCCAAAGGCAUUCUGAGGGUGGACCACAAGACAAAGGAGGUGCUGGACUUCUGGGACUUCAUGGUCCUCAAGAAUUGGGCCUACUCCAAGAGAACAUUUGUUCUGGCCUUUGCCAACAAGAACUACCCAGUGGAGUGCAACCAGUCCCAGUGGAUCAGCCAGCUGGUCGACUUCUAUGUUGACUCCAUUGUCAAUGUCACUGAGCCAACUGGAGCAGAGGAGGAGGUCCAGAAAUCCUAGACCAGUUACCAUUGUAACGCUUGCAAACAAUUGAAUUACUUGUUUUUUUAAUCACGGUUUCGUUAGAAAUUUGCUAGAGUCAAUUUUCAUGUGACUAGGAACACAAUGAGACAACAAUCAUGAGUUGUUUGUGUAGUAGGUUCUUGUCCUUGUGUAUUUUCAUACUUCUUUGUAUUAAUUGUAUAUAUGUACUUGUCUUGA